CGAAAUGGUUAAGGGAACCAGCGGGGGUCCUUCUGCUACAGUACAUGGGUGGAGUAAAGCUGGACAUAUGCAACGGGGUUUUCCUCCCAAAUUAGCCGAGGGGGUGAACACUGGGCAUUAUGUCUUGAGUAAACGACUAAUACAAGUUAUUUUAGCGGUUGUACACCUUGAAACCAACACGCUGAGAUGGGCGAUGUGACAGAAGAGUCGUUGUUGGAUUAUUUUUACUCAACCGGCGGCGAUUCAGGCAAAGUAAAAAAUGCUGAUCUAUUGAAGACAUAUAAGCCUUAUAUCGGUCAUACUGAUUUACAAUUACGUGCUAAAUACAGGGAGGAAUUCAAGCUCAUCAUGGACAGAAUAGCUGUUAUGAAAUCAGAGAAUGGCGAGAACAUCCUGGUGCUCCGGAGGAAGUACAGACAGAUGCUGGUGGAGCGGGACGGCCCGUCCAGGACGCCGGCCACGGCCCGAUGGGAGGCCCCGGCGCAGGAGGCCUACUCACCUGUUCCUGCCAAGAGGCCCCUGCAGGAGAUCUCCGCAGAGCAGCGCCCCCUGGAGGGUGAGGACAGGGGGUCCGGUCGGGGGCCGUCCUCCUGGGGUCCGGAGCCCGGGGGGCCGAGUGAAUGUGCGGACCUUCCGUCGUCACUGGAGUACGACUCGGAGCAGGACGCAGAGAGCCUGGGCCCGACCUCCAUCGCUCUCGACCCCAUAGAGAAGGACUGGAUCUACUCGGCCGCGAGUGCACGUGUGCCCGAUCUGUCUCAACUGCUGCAGCAGGACCCCUCUUUGGCCAACAAGAAGGACUUCACCUCUUUUACGGCUUUGCACUGGGCAGCAAAGCAUGGGAAAGAGGACAUGGCCACACUGGUGGUUAAGGCUGGCGCCGACGUCAACACCAAAUCGGGAUACACACCUCUACACAUAGCGGCGCUGCACGGCCACCAGCACAUGGUUGAGCUGCUCGUCCAGACAUACGGGGCGAAGAAGAACCUCAGGGACUACAGCGGACAUCUUGCCAGCCAGUACCUGACGGACCGGGAUCCUGAUGAGCCAGGAGAGGAGAGCGAAACACAGCUCCAAGCGGCCCAGGCCAGGGAGCGGGGCCGCAACAGGAAGCUGCCGUCUCUCUUCCUGUCCAAGAAGAAGUGGGGCUCUGCGGAGGAGCUGGCGCCCAUAGAGGAGGAACGGUCCACCCCCCCACAGCCGCUGCUGCCCGCCUACAGGCCCAGGAAGUUCUCCCGAUGAACGCACCAGAGACUGUAGUAAAGAGAGCGCCUCCAAACACCCGUCACAGCUCACAUACAUGACGCAUGGUUAAUUACCUCAUGAUCUAUGGCUCUCUCUCCCUCCCUUGCUCUCGCUCUCUCCUUCUCGCUCCCUCUCUCUUGCUCCCUCUCUUUCACUCUCUCCUUCUCGCUCCCUCUCUCUUGCUGUCUCUCUUUCACUCUCUCCUUCUUGUGCCCUUUCUCUUGCUGACUUUCUCUCUCUCUCUCUUUCUCGCUCCCUCUCUCUUGCUGUCUCUCUCUUUCACUCUCUCCUUCUCGCUCCCUCUCUCUUGCUGUCUCUCUCUUUCACUCUCUCCUUCUCGCUCCCUCUCUCUUGCUGUCUCUCUUUCACUCUCUCCUUCUCGUGCCCUUUCUCUUGCUGACUUUCUCUCUCUCUCUCUCUCCUUCUCGCUCCCUCUCUCUUGCUCUCGCUCUUGCUCUCUCCCUCUCCCGCCCUCUCUCCAAAUCCCUAUUUCUUGCUUUAUCUCUUGCUCUUUAACUCACACAAAAAAACACCUUGUCUAAGUGUGUUACAUCAUAGGAGUUAAUAUCAACGAGGGACUAAUGGAGUGCUUUGCUUAGAUUGCAUUUUUGCCAAAUGAGAGGUUUAAUUGAUUUACAAUGCAAAGAUAAAUAGAAAUGAAUAGGUUUCACACACACACACACACACACACACACACACACACACACACACACACACACACACACACACACACACACACACACACACACACACACACACACACACACACACACACACACACACAGUUUGUUGCGUGCGUGCAAGCAAACUCCUCAUGCAAAUGGUUAAUUUUGAAGGAUUUCAAAAGAAAUAGAAGUUGAUCAAGUCAGUGCCUUGCUUAAGAUGAUCAACACAUUCGUGCUAGCUAAAAGAUUGUCACUGUGGUCUGACUGGUUCUUGUUGAACGUUUUAACAUUUACCUUUCAUUUAUUUUUUUCCAAUAUGCUAGGCUGGGAUAGGAUUCUCUACUUGUGUGUCAGAAGCCUCUGUGUCCCAAGUGAACAAAUCUGACAAGCAGGUAAAGAGCACAUUAUAAGCUUAUCUGAAUCUCCCUUUCACACCCAUAAACCGAUUCUGAGCCAAAGGAACAUUCCAGAGGUAAUCCCAAAGCUAUGUUAGAACCUUGACGUUACAGGACUGUUGUCGUCUCAGGCGUUACGCUCGGUUUAUCAGUUUAGCCAGUAUUUCAUGUUGAUACCUUCAGACUUUUGCACUUGUUGUAUUUAUGUAUCAGUUUCCUUGGUUGCAAAAUGUAUUGAAACGACUUGCCUUCACCCUGCACCCUUUAGUGCAUCAUUUGCAUUUUCUGAAGGAAAGCUAUUUUGUUUUGUGUCCCGCGGGACGAUAAUAUGUCCCAGAUUUUUAUUAUUAGAGGAAUGUUUGUGAAUGAAUAGUGAGCACAUGCUGUAUGUGUUUAUCUGAGGAGCUGUACCAUAAUAAUAUUUUUGUGAACAUCUGGAACAACAACGAAACAAUACGGAGGGACUUCAUGAUCAUUUGAUUAUGCUGAUUAAAAAUGUAAUGUCCUAAAUAAUAAUGUCAAUUUCUUUAUUUUCUCUUUUACUUGAAUUUUCUCCUUUUCAAGCCUUUGAUGUCACUUCAAGCAGCUGAGUGUUUUGGCUACAGAUGGAGUCAAUAUGGGCCCUGCAACUCUCCAUACGGCUUUAGACCUUAAUACCUGAUUAGUUGAAAAGGGCAGCACUUGCUAUUGGGUCUUAGAUAUCAGAAGGCCGAAGGGAACCGAGGCAAGUGUUAGAUAUCAGAAACCAUAGAGGGAGAGAGACAAGUGUUUUACCCUUAGAUAUCAGAAGACAUAGAGGAAGAGAGACAAGUGUUUUACCCUUAGAUAUCAGAAACCGUAGAGGAAGAGAGACAAGUGUUUUACCCUUAGAUAUCAGAAGACAUAGAGGAAGAGAGACAAGUGUUUUACCCUUAGAUAUCAGAAGACAUAUAGAGGAAGAGAGACAAGUGUUUUACCCUCAGAUAUCAGAAGACGAGGAGAACAGAGGCAAGUGUUUUUGUGGUUCAUCUUGAAGGAGGAGGUUGGGGGACUAUCAGGGAUAAGAUGAGUUUUCUGUAAUAGAUACUUAUCUGACUGCCCUCAAGCCCUCCAACAAAGUCCCCCUCUGAAGAGAUUAGAACCCAGGGAGGGCACAUUAACUCUAAUCCUAUGCUUUGAGGCCUAGCUCCUCACCCCAGCCCCACACCUCCCUCUGGCCCACUUA